AUGGUAGCGUUGACAGAGUUGGCGGAGCAGAUCAAUGGUAUCAUCCAGGCCCACAUGGGCGGCGAGGCCAAUCAGAUUCGCACUGCGGCCGAGCGCAUUGUGAAGAUGCUGAUUGCUGCGGGCCUUGCAUUUGUCAACAAGUGCCAGUGCGACAACGUGGGCACCCACAUGCACAACAGAGAUGGCACUGGCCUCGACGUAGAGAAAGUACAUACGUUGGCCCAGCGGAUCUGCAACCAGGGUUGGGUUUGGGAGGAGGUCCGCAACGCCUGGGCGUUCGAGAUGCCGCCGGGCGAUCAGCGACAGGCUCAAUUUCAAUUCAACGUUCAGCUUGUCAACUCGGCCGAGGGUUACUUGGCCCCGUGGGAGGAUAUCAACGCGCUGAGGUACCUGAGCGUCACGUCCAGCCACACUGUCGCUGGCCUUCGCUGCGUCAAGUUCGGCGCCAGGUCGGACCAAGCGGGGAUCAGCACAGGCGGCAAAACAUCUCGCGACGUAGUGUCCGAGAUCGCUCCGAGCUACUUGGAGGCCGUCGACAACGGGAUGGACUGGGCCAUCAUCCGGCACGAGGUCGAGGCAGCAUGCCCGAUGCUGCCUCAUUUCCUGCAGGAGUCAGGGAAUGCAGGACAUGGUACAGAGCAGGUCACGACUGCCGUGGAGAAGACGCCCCCGCACCUGUCGGGCCACGUGCGCGAUAUGUGCGACUUUGUUGAACAGUAUUCUGGCGGAUCAGAUACACCACAUUGCUUGACUGACCUUGAGACGUGGGCAAAGACGCGGAAGGUCUCAAAGGACGUCGAGGGAAGAAGCUUCAAGAUGUUGGCGAAGAUUCUUUUCAAGCAAGGGCCCGAGCACGUCGUCGGCAUGCUGAAGGCCAUGGUUGCCUCUCCAGGUGCAUUCGUCAGGGAUGGAGUGAGCCGCCCCCUCACGAGUUCCGACUGCGAUGCCGUGACCACCACCAAGAAAGCACAUUGCCUCCGUGCCGCAUCUUACACCAAGUCGGGGAAAGCAUGGUUGGAGUAUUCCGUUCCUGAGCUCGGAAACCAUCAGGUUGCCAUGCUAAUCGGAGACUUUCAGAUACGAUUGGUCAUGCACGUGCAUGGCAAGAAGGCGAAGGGCUGGACCAUCUACAAGUCGGUCGACGAGGUCGCCUCGGCCAUGCUCGACGACUGGGCGCACCUGCCAUGGACGUUCAUCCCCAAGUCGCCGAAGGCCGAUGAGAAGAAGGGCACGAUCGUGCAGUUCGGCAGCAGCGGCGGCAUCGACGAGGCGGUGCUGGCUCGGAUGGACUUCCAGAAGGGCAAGCAGGUCGUGUCGAACAAGGACUCCAGCAAGAUCUACACCAUAGCGUCGAUCGGGAAGGGGAUCGCGACGUUCAAGGUCGAGGAGCGUCAGGCGACCAAGCUGCCUAACACGCUCGACGCCGCGAAGCUGGCGGACGAGUUCAAGGCUUGA